AGAGACAUCCUUCCAGUCAUCCAGGGACCUGCAGCAACUGACAACUUUGAAUCAUGGAUGACAUUAUGGAUGAGGACCUGUGGUAUCUCUUUGAAGCAUAUAACAAUUCAAUGAACACCACAGACCCCACUUACGUCGUCAGCCACACCGUUAAACUCUGUUCCAAAAGCAAGGUCAACAUAUUUGGCGCCAAGCUGAUCCCGAUCUUCUACUUCACCACCUUCAUCUUGGGUUGCCUCGGAAAUGGCCUCGUGCUUGCAAUCCUCUUCAAAUACGAGAAGCUCCAAAACGUUACCAAUAUUUUCCUCCUGAAUCUGGUCUUGUCCAACCUGAUUUUCGCCUCAUCGCUGCCAUUUUGGGGCACAUACCAUUUGUCUGAAUGGAUUUUUGGUGGUUUUAUGUGUAAAGUUGUUAGCAGUGCCUAUCUGAUUGGUUACAACAGCUCCAUCCUUUUCCUGACGCUCAUGACCUUUGACCGAUACCUUGCUGUGGUUCAUGCGGUUGCAGCUGCACAAAGUCGUAAGAAACUAUAUGCCAUUGUAGCUUCCGUAUUCGUUUGGUUGUUUAGCAUCGCGGCUAGUAUGAAGGAAAUCAUCUUGCGCAAUGUUACAGGAAACCCUUUGGAUGGGCUUCUUUGUGAAGAGACCGGCUAUUCUCAGGACACUAUGAAACACUGGCGACUUGUGAGUUUGUAUCUGCAGUUUUCCCUCUUUUUUCUAAUCCCACUGUUUAUGGUCAUGUUCUGUUACAUUAGCAUCACCGUUCGCAUCCUGCACACGCGUAUGAAAGAAAAAUGCCGCACUAUCAAGCUAAUCUUCAUCAUUAUUUUCACUUUCUUUGCAUUUUGGACCCCGUACAAUAUCGUCUGUCUGCUCCAAGCCAUUCGGCUGUCGAACACGGACUCGGAUGCUACGACGUGUGAGGAUGGGGAUAACCUGGACUACUCUUUCUACGUGACCCGUAACAUAGCGUACCUCUACUGCGGCAUCAGCCCGGUUUUCUACACAUUUGUUGGUAAAAAGUUCCAGAGUCACUUUAAAAGACUCAUCGGGAAACACCUGCCAUGUGUGAAGAGGCGGUUAAGUCUGAGCAGCCAGAGCACCAAAUCCACCUCACAAAGACAUCCACAUACUACCAACCAAGCUACUGCCUUUAGCCUAGUUUAAAUGACUGGAUAUAUAAAUGCACAUAGCUAACCUUGCUGUUCCAGAUAGAAAGGGAUCAUGGCUCCAAUUCACUUUAUAUUGAAAAAUUGUCACCCCUCUCUCUGUAACUGCUGCAGUGAGACUCGUUAUUUUGGUCUUAAAAUGUUCAUAUUAACCUGCUCUGCAUCAACCUGGUGUUUUUAUUUCACUAUUGUGUCCGUAAGUCAAGAUGUGAACAUUAAUAACAGACAAAUCAGGCGCCUUCUUUCCCCAAGGUCUCACUAGUGUUAGCAACAGGGUUGCUUGACAAAAUUGCUAAGUGCACACUUCCUGCUAAACCAGCGGUGCAGGCGGGAAGGGAUGUUACCUUUAUCAGCUUCACUUUGAAUUGGCUGUUUGGUUGCUAUGAUACUCGCUGUCGGGAUUCCAAAUAUGAAACUCGACUCCAAAUUGUCCCUUAUAACUGCUCUGGCCUCGAUGAGCUUCAUUUGACUGGAGCCAAAUGCUGUGGGUGACGUCACACUCACUUAGUCCACUUCUUUAUACGGUCUGUGCAUAAAUCAUGAAAUAUUAAUGCUAAGUAACUAAAGGUAACACCAUAGACUGUUUAAAAAUGUAUAUUUACAGUUUAAGCAUAAUACUGAUAAAUGCAUCAUAAGUAUAUUUAAAGGUACAGUAUGUAACUUUAUGUGACCUACAUGACUCCAUGGAAGGAAAGUUAAAACCAUACUUACCAUACGGAACAUUCUCCAUGGAGAUAGAUAUGUUUUAUGCCUGUUAUGGGAAUCUUUCCUUACAGUGUUUUACCUAAUUUGUACUUGUACUACUGCAGACUCUUAGUCCCAGUCUAUUAACUCUUAUUUCUGUUAUAUCUUGUCUGACCUGGAGAUCCAGUUGACCGUGCUCUGUGUCCACUGUCUGAUACAUAUUAGACAAACAGUUUAGACCCUUAACAGGUCUAAACUGAUUUUUUGAUUCAUGUGAGGUAUAAAUAUGUUGUUUGUUCUGACACUGACAAAGCUCAGGGCAAGACGACGCUCUGUCAGGGAUGAACAGCUCUUUGUGGCACAAGUGCUUUAAUAAAUCAGACUCUUUGAUUCAAGACAACUUCUCAGUUCAUUUUAUUCUUUUUUGUUUUGUUUUGCUUGUAUAAAUCCCACAACAUGCCACAUUGUUUAAUAUUACAGCUAAAGAAACAUCAUGUUCAUGGAAACAAGCAGGAGGAGGCCCUCCUCCAGGCCAAAUAAAUCAGGUCUGUGGAAGUGUGGCAAUUUUUCUGUGCAAUAUACACAACCAAAAAACAAACAAAACAUACCUUUAUUUUUGUGGGUUUUUUUUUUUUUUUUUUUUUUUUUUUUUUUUUGCUUAACAGUUACAUACUGUGGGUUUAAACCAGGGGUAUGAGGACCUCUCAAAAGCAUGUAGCAGGGGGAACUUAUAGUGUAUUUUAUUUUUUAUGUUCUAUUAAGUACAUUUUAUCUUUAUCUUUAAGAAUAUUUUGGAGGAUUAGAUUGUGGACAUCAUUAAAUGAACAAAAUGUGUUAUAAUUGACAUUACAGUACACUUCUAAAGUAAAAGUAGAGUAUCCAUUAACUGUACUAUGAGAUAAAAAAGCGUGGAGCCACUGCUUCUACUGCAGUCUCAUAAAAUGACAUAUAUUUAUUUCUGUAUCUUCUUUAAUAACCAUUUGAAACACUUAUGAUACUGUAAUGCAUUAAAAUGCAUUUUCACCAGCAAAGCCUUCAGUGUUGUUCUGCAAAACAUGGACUAGACCACAACCAGACUUAACCAAGACCAGACUAGAACUAAACCAGGACUUAAACUGCACACAGUGAGUGUAAGAUGUAGUCCUGUUUCUGUUAUGACUUACAUUUCUAUGAUUUACUUUUUAUUAAAUGUAUUCAUGUUUAUAUAUGAACUAACCAUUUGUGCAUUAACGUCCUGUUUUUGUAAAUUCUCUGUUAAAAUAAAUGACCA